AGAGCUCUUUCUCUGGGGGACGAGCAAGCAAGCACAAGGACUCAGACAGAAAAUGUCUCCGCUAGCAAAGUCGCUGACAAUGUCAGGAAGGAGGAUAGUUGCAGCGUGGGUACGGCAUCACUCUGUUACAAGUGCGUUCAAUUUUUAAUUACUCAUUUAAAAUACAUAUGGAUUGAAAUGUUUUGUUUUGGUGUUGUGACAUGAGAGGCACAUGAUAGUGUCACAAGCAGUCAACAAGCUAGGUAGCAUUAGCCAAGGAACUUGGUACAGGGAGUUAGAUAUGUUAUAUGUAAGUGGACGAGGUACCUUUUUCUAGAUUUAGGAAGUUUUACUGAGUUGCAGGUUUGUGUACAAAUUAAUUCAAGAGUCAAGGGAAUGUGACGUCACAAACAGCGACUCGGCCAUCUUCCGAGGAGACAGCCGAACUCAGCAAGUCGUCCAUUUUUGAAGGAUACCGACAGAUGCAACCUACAGCUAGCAGAGUAGCAUAUGUUUUCAAUUAACACUUUUUAAAUAUGGUCGGUUGUUGUGUCCUUGGCUGUAAGAGCAAAUCCCAUGACCGACGAUCACAAGGGAAGAAGGACCAUAAGAUCAGGUUUUAUUCGUUUCCCACAUGGAAACUCUAUGAGGGAGACCAGGUAGCCGACAUCAGCAAGCGACGGCGGAUGGCAUGGGUGGCAGCUAUGAGAAAGAGAGACCUCACAUUUGACAACAUCCCCCUGUCGGCCAAGGUCUGCUCUCUUCAUUUCCAUUCAGGUACACCAGCAUAUGAAAUGCAAGAGACCGAUCCAGACUGGGCUCCAUCUGUACGGCUGGGGCACUGUAAAGUCAAGGUAUCAACAUGUGGACGUUUAGACGGAAGAGUACGCCGAAAGAAGAGGAAGCUACCAGACACAGUAGAGGAAAACCAAGAGCCCCCAGAAAUUGAGGUUAUAAUUGAUGACACGGCCACAGAGGAUCAAACGCCAGAAUGUGACUUUUGCAAGGUUAGGCAAGAGGAAAUCAACCGCCUGCAGGAAGAGAACAUGAGGCUGAGGUCGGAGCUAGAAAAGAAGGGGCUGGGAGAGAAGUUUCUGAAAGAUGCUAAUUCCAGAAAUCUAACACCUCACAGGACUUCAAUGUUUUGCCAUGCUUCUGAUCUCAUUCAAAACAUGGAUAAGAAAGCAACCUGGGACCGCUUCUAUGCUGAGAACAGAAACAGGACAACCACCUUCAAAAACUUUGAGUGGUUCUUUGGAUUCGAAGCCAUCCGGGACUUAAUCAUGCCAUUCUUGCAGACCAAGUCUCACAGAGAUUCUCUGCUCCAUGUCCUGGAUAUGGGCUGUGGAACUUCUGCUUUAGGCCCCUGUAUUUACAGACACUCCUAUCUCCCGGUACGGGUAACAUGUGCAGACAUCUCCCCCAUAGCUGUGCGACAAAUGCUCCAACAUGUCCAAGCCAAUGCCAUCCAACCUCACAAUGUUUCUUCUCAGCUUGAGUUUGUAGAGCUUGACUGCACAGAGCUUCAAACGCACUAUCUGUGUAGCAGUGUGGACCUUAUAAUUGAUAAGGGCACCACAGACGCCUUGUUGAGGUCUAAAGAAGGCAAAGGGAAGGCUGGUCUGAUGCUGAAGCAGUGUUUGAAGGUGUUGCGUAGCUCAGGAUCACUGCUCCAGUUCUCUGACGAGGACCCCGAUGCCAGGCUCCUGUGGCUGGAGACUGAGGCACAGGAGCCGGGGGUGAUGUCAUCAGAUGUUAGGGUGCAGGAGGUUGGGGAGCUAAGGGGAAUGACUUACUACUGCUACCAUGUGACUCCUCGCCCUGUUGUAUAGCAGCUUUAUAUUCAAUACAAUAUAUACAUGGAUGGCCAUAAUAUUGUAUACAUUAGUUAUUAAAACAAUUUUCAAAGAAUGGAUGUUUGUUUUAUACUUCAUGCCUCUUGUUUCAAUGUUCUUAUUUGUUGCGGCGGUUUACAAAUAUACAUUUAUGCCAAAUAACUCGAUGUAUAAUCGAUCAUUCAUAACACGGACAGUUCAGUUAUGAGGCUGAUCAAAUGCAUUUAAAGAGUUAAGGUACAGACAUGUGGAAGUCCUCUCUGUUCCAUCUCAUAUUUCAUAUGUAUUAUAUACAAUAGUUUUUGCAUUAGUUUUUUAUGCCAUAAUUUCACUUUGCUAUGACAUUUUUUACAUGUUCAUGGCGUACAAGACAAUGACUCGCUGUAUAUUAUACUGUGACUUUUAAAAAGAUUUAUUUUUCAUGUUUCUUCGAUUAUAUAUAUCUUAUUACGGCACUCUUAUGAAUCCUGGCAUUUUAUACAAUGAACUUUUGUGACAUUUUUAUGCAUUAGGAUGCAAAGAUGUUUCUUUUAAGUUUUGAAUAUUCUACAACUUCUUGCAUUAAAAGGUUGUGUGAUAAACAGUAUGUCCAUGUUGAUGACAGAUCUGAAAUAUAAGAAAAAACAAUUGCACACUGUCAAAUAAAAAGUGUGAUAGAA